AUCGGAGAGCGAGGUAUUGUUAUAAAUAUCUAAGCUGACGUCAGGAUUAUAUCACCGAGAAGAACUACCCAGGCGAUGAAGAUGGAGUUUAUCCCAGAGGAAACCUACUAUGGCAAGAGCGCAGUGAAGUUGCUUCGCUUGCGAGCAGAAGGAAACGUGCACCACAUCAAGGAAUUUGAAGUCAACGUCCACCUCUCGCUCAGCUCCAAGAAAGAUUUUGAGAGCGGCGACAAUUCUGAUAUCAUUGCCACCGACACACAGAAGAAUACUGUUUAUGCUCUGGCAAAAUUAGUCGGGGUGAAAUCCCCGGAGCAGUUCGGGCAGGCCUUGUGUCGACACUUCCUCUCGUCAUUCCGUCACGUCAUUGCAGUCCGUGUGCACAUAGAGGAGGCGCCAUGGAAACGCAUCACACAGGGAGGCCAGGAGCACGUCCAUGCCUUCGUCAUUGAGAAGCAAUGCACAAGGUUCUGUGAUCUACUUCAAGAAAGGGGAGGUCUCGUGCAGGUUUGGGCCGGUUUGAAAGACCUCAAAGUUCUGAAAACAACCCAGUCUGGCUUUGUGGGCUUCAUCAGGGAUAAGUACACUUCACUGCCAGAGGUGACUGAUCGUGUCUUCUCAACCAGCGUCUAUGCUAGAUGGCGCUAUGCAACGCUCUAUGGGCUGGACGAAGAUAAGGCAUGGCAAUUGGCCAAGGAAGCUAUCCUGGAUGUAUUCGCUGGUCCUCCGUUGACUGGUGUCUACUCUGCCUCUGUCCAACACACACUCCAUCUGACUCAAGGGAAAAUACUUCAGCUCAUUCCACAGGUCAGUGAGGUGACUAUGGAGAUGCCCAAUUCUCACUACUUUUUAGCUGACCUCAAGAAAAUUGGACUUGAAAAUAAUAAUGAGGUUCUGAUGCCAGUAGACAAACCCUAUGGAUUGAUCAGAGCAUCUGUAAAACGAUCACCAACAUCCAAGCUAUGAACACAGAAGGAACAAACCAAGACCAGUCAAGAAACACAGUUAAAUUUGUAUAAAUCUAAUCUGUUGGGACCGCAAAAAAUAGUUAGAAUUAUGAAAAAUUUAACUCAGGAAUCGUAGAUAACAUGUUUUGCAUACUUUGGUAAAAAAGAAAACGAACGAUCCGCUAUUGGGAAAAUUUUAUUUGUGCGACUUUGAGUUACGCAGAGUUAACUUAAUCAAGAAGUGCUUGAAACUUGGAAGGCUAUGAACACACUUUUUAAAGCUCAUGGCAUACUAUAUGAUCUGACUGUAAUCCAAUUUUCAAAGAAAUCGCAAUUACUUAAGUCAUUGAAAUUCAAGCACUUAAAAUCUUUCUGAUAAAGGUCCCGAGUAUUUGUUAUGGAUACUAAGAAUCAAAAUGUCAGUACUUUGUCAGUAUUAGGGCAUGAGCAUUGUUUCAUGAAACUGUCUCAAGUACAAGUUUUCUGACAUCUCAUUAAAACAUAUAUAUUAGAUUUAAGCCUUGUUUGAGUGGGAUGUCGGCAAACUUGUACUUAGCGUUGUUUUGUGAAACGAUUCCCGGAAGGCCAAAUUCACCACCUUAGACUUACCCAUGUGUUUUUUUAUUAAACACUUUCAUUCAGGUUUUGUAAAUUAAAGCGCAUUUUGUUGAGCAAUUUAAAUGCAGCCUGAAUUAGACUUCUCUUGGAAUACAUGUUUGCAGCAAUAAAUACUAGAUCAAAUGAUUUUCCUGUCAUUUCACAGCUUUAUAGUAUGCCUUAGCUGUUGGAUUGAUAUAAGAUACAAGACUCAGGCAUGUGUUAGUUGUAAUCCAAUGACUACACCACCCCCCCCCCCCCCCCCCUCCUCUCCAUUCUUUGGAUAUUUAAUAUUUUUAUAAGCAGUGUGAGACACCAAUAUUGAAAAAAGGAUCAUCUGUUGUGGUAUUCUUGUUUCAUAUUAAUGACUAUAAAGUGUUAUUUAGUUGUUAAAAACUACUAAUCAGAUUACCAUUUUCAGAAAGUGUUAUUUAGAUUUUAAAAAUCAUGAUUUAAUUCUUUCUAUCUGCUUUCUUAUGGUACUGAAUGUUAAUAUGCUUUUCGAAUUAUUCAUAAGGCGCCAUUUUUGCUUGUGAUGGAUAGAGGAAAAAUUAGCAGGGGUAGUCACUGAAGAGCGUUGAAUUUUAGUAUGUAUUUUGUAUUUCAUCGAGUGGGACAAAUAUCAAUGUGACAUUAAAGGCUUUUUCAGAUUGGGCGCAGUAAAAAAACUGCCCCAUUUUCUAAAUGUGUAAACUGAAUGGCAGUUGCACGCAACAAAGGACUUUUACAUAUUAACUGAGCUCUAUGUUAUAAGAUUCAGAAAUGUGAAGUGUAUUACAAUUACAUCAUAGAUCAUGGAAAAUACCACUGCAGUUUUGCCGCGUCAUAUCUUAACGAACCUCUGAAGUAAAAAUGAAUUCCUUUUAAAAAUAUAACUUGAAUAGUUAUAUUUUGAAACAAUUUAUAAAAUGUCUUGCCUUCAAAAGGCACAUUUUUUCUCUUUACCAUUUAAUCUGAAAUGAUGAAGAUAAUAUUCCUACCAAUCAAACAAGAUAUGUGAAUGGUUUUGAUGUUUAUCACUAUUUUGUCUAGUAAAAUAAGGUACUUCCAAGGAUUAUCUAAGGUUACAAAAUCAUUCAACCCUACCAAAGAAGCACUUUGAUAAUCAACCUGUUUCUACAGGAGACUACACAGUUGACUGGUUUCUACAGCCUGUUAUUUUUAAUACACAAGUUUCAAUAGGAUAUAUAUCCAUGAAAUUGUACUUAAAAAUGAUAGUUACCUACGUGAAACACUGCCUUGGAGAGUAAUGUUAUUGUCUACCUGGAACAGACCCAUAAAGUGACCUGAUCAGAAUGUAACCAGUCUGUUUUUCUACAGAGGUGCAGUCGACAGACUUCAGCAAACUUGGGCUAGCACAUAGGAUGUCUGCAUAGUGGGUAAUGCGUACAGUAAUGCAUUGUGUCACAUGACCAGAAUAAUCUACCUCGGGAGACAGGUGCACUAUUCCAUUAGUGUUAUUAUCAGAUUAUGGGGAGUUAUUACACACGAGUGCAUACCUGGAAAAGCCUGCAAAAUAACAGUAUUCUAAACUCCUGUAGAAAUUUGCCAUUUGUUAUUGAAAGAAGCCUUGAUAUACAGGAAUAUGUUUUUGUUCACAUGUGGUUUUAUUCACCUUCAUAAAAAGGGCAUUUACUAGUGCUUUGUUUGGUACGUGAAGCAGUAAAAUUGUUUUAAACGGACAUAUACAUGUAUGUGUUAGAUAUUUGUUAACAAGAAAAUAUUCUCAAAUACUACAAAAGUGAAGAGCCCUUUUUUUAACCACAGAGUACAAUUACACGUUAUAAAUCAGGGAAUACUGUAAUAUAUAACCAUGUUAAAGUAAGUAUUAUUUAAUUAUGCCUAUGUAAGAAACUAUAUAACUUUUAUUACUCGUAUCUGAACAUUCUUUGUACAAGAUUUUUGAUUUUGAAUAAAUCCUCGAAUUAUAUUUAUCCCUUCA